UCAUUCAUGCAACAGCCAUGUGCUUCUCGACGUGUUCGCUUGAUGGUGGGUGUUGAGCCAUCGAUGCAACGGCCAUGUGUGUCUGACCAUGCUGGGAGUGAUGUGCAGACCGGUGUGGAGGUGCGUCAUCCACUUCUCCAUGGACUGCGUGACGCGAGCCGCAUUCAGCGCGACCGCACCAACAGCACCAUCACCACCCCACGUGGGGUUCGAACUCAUUUUCCCUCAACGCUUGAGCUACGAUGUUAUCAGGCUUCAUUGCGUGGAUCUCGUUUUGGGUUGUCGCAGUGGAAAGUAGGGCAGGGUGUUUAUGAGGGACAAGAGACUAACAAGGUGAAGGAAUUGGAUGAUCCCACUGGUGAAAGCAAAAAUACAGUUGAAGUGGAGCUCACAAGGCGUCCAUUGGUAGACGUAAGAAUGGCAAGUGGUGUUCGUCUAGAAGGGGCCCCACGUUUGCGCGGUCGUAAGAAGGAGAUUGGAACCUUAGAAGUUUGUCUUAAGUUGGUUUGA